UCAUCCGCCAUCAGCACGUGAUAUUUGUCAUUGCAGGUGGACUGUAAAUCAAAUUGAUGUGCGAAGGCGGGAACGAAACUCAUUUCAUUACAGCUUCUGAACGACAAAUGAUGCACUUCGUUAGAGACUGGUAGAAUAAAAAUCUCACAAAAAGGCCAAAAAUACAUUGAACUUUACUGACCUGUUGGAUUAAGGGAUGGGAUAAGCAUAUGGAUAUUUUCAUUCGACAUUGCGUCGAUGGAUUGUACAUUUUAGUUAAAAGCUGCAUAAGGGAAUAUACAGCGUCUGCUCAUCUUCAACAGUGUCUGUUCAUCUUUAACAGUGUCUGUUCAUCUUUAACAGUGUCUGUUCAUCUUCAACAGUGUCUGUUCAUCUUUAACAGUGUCUGCUCAUCUUCAACAGUGUCUGUUCAUCUUUAACAGUGUCUGUUCAUCUUCAACAGUGUCUGUUCAUCUUUAACAGUGUCUGCUCAUCUUCAACAGUGUCUGUUCAUCUUUAACAGUGUCUGUUCAUCUUUAACAGUGUCUGUUCAUCUUCAACAGUGUCUGUUCAUCUUUAACAGUGUCUGUUCAUCUUUAACAGUGUCUGUUCAUCUUCAACAGUGUCUGUUCAUCUUUAACAGUGUCUGUUCAUCUUCAACAGUGUCUGUUCAUCUUUAACAGUGUCUGUUCAUCUUCAACAGUGUCUGUUCAUCUUUAACAGUGUCUUUUCAUCUUCAACAAUGUCAGUUCAUCUUUAACAGUGUCUGUUCAUCUUUAACAGUUUCUGUUCAUCUUUAACAGUGUCGGUUCAUCUUUAACAAGUAAUACACUUGUGUAACCGAAACUCCAAUUUAUGUUAAACAUGACAUCUGUUUUUAAAUAGUUUAACAUUCUCUCAACUUUAGGAAUCCAAUAAACGUGUAAGUAUUGGGUUACUUUGUCAAUUGCUUAGACAAUUUGUGACAUUUGAUUACUUGGUAUACCUGUCACAUGAUUUCAUAACGAAAACACCAUUUUGGCGAUUAUUACAGAAGAACGUCCACGAAAGAAAGUGAAACAUUUUGAUAGUAAAAUUAAUCACUGAAACUUAAUGAGUUUAUGUUAAUCUCAUCGUGUCGUAUUCAAUUUCAAGCAUAUUAGAAACAAAACUAUUUGAAACUCUCUCUCGGAAGUGAAAGAUACUAGCUCAAAUUCUCUUGUAUUCCACAUGUGAUUUCUAACGGAAACGUAUCUAAUUGUUACCAAUUCCUCAGGUCAGUGAAGGAUACUUAGUUGUAUUGGAAAAAAAACAAAAAAACUAUGAUCCAACAAUUUGUGGUCACGUGACAAAUGAUCUUUGGAGGACUUUCUUCCUUAACAUUACACAACGGCCGCUGUCAGAUUUUUGUUCCUGGUAGUGGAAAUACUGGGCAAACUAUAUAUAAACAGGCAUGGUUGCCAUCACUACAACACUGGAGCCUACUCCUAGCUAUCAGGCUAUAUAGGUCGGAGUCAAAGACGCUUGGGCAAUUGACAUUGCCCUGAAUUUGCAAGUUCGAUUUAAAAUCUUAUCGCAUGGAUUACCACCUUGAUUGGAUUUCUGUUUGAUUUCUAAUUGGAUGUAGAUUAUGCCAUCGGUUUACGUUUCACGUCUAGGUCAGGGAUACGUUUUCAGUUCAAAUGACAUAUUCUAUCUCUGUUUUUAAAGAGCAAAUUGGCUGCUGUUUCGAUUACGUUUGAUAUUUCAUUCAUUAUUUGAUAAUUUUGUGUAGAAAUUUAGAUUUCUUCAAAGAUUAUGAUACCAUUGUGGGAUUAAUGGUACGCAUAUUUUAAGACCUCGACAUGGGUUGUACAUUAGCUGCUACCAAACAGUCACUACCAGGAGACGAUGGAUAUAGAGGUAAUCAAAGAUUCAAAAUUAGUCGGCAUACUUUGGUUAAUGAUAUAAGCAUGGAGAACAUCAGCCGGAAUACAUCACACAGCGAGGAACAGUUGGAAAAACAGCUGGAUUUAAGUAAGCGACAAAAGUUUCUGAUUUUGAAAUCAUGGAAAGGCAUUUCAAGGGAAAUUAAAACUACCGCGGUGAACAUGUUUUCAAGAUUAUUUGAGACCAAUGAAGAAUUAAAACCUUACUUCGUUGAUGUUUCUAAAUGCCCUACAAUUUCGGACAUACGGACAAGUUCAAAACUCGAAGGCCACGCAGUGAUGGUUAUGAACAUUAUCGAUGACGCAAUGUCUAACUUUGAUGACAUAACAAGCAUUGAAGGUCUGUUGUUAAACGUUGGAGAAUCUCACAGGAAAUUUUCUUGGUUCAAGUCAAACUAUUUCUGGAAGUUAGAAGAGCCAUUUUUGUUGGCGGUACGGGAGACGCUCGGUGACCGUUACACGUCCAACAUGGAAACCACGUACAUGAAGGCAAUACACUUCAUACUGUCCCUCCUGGAAAUUGGUUUUAAGAGGAAAACGACACCCCCAGAUAGUCCACAGGCGCCAUUUUAAGUUUAUCAUCACAUAAUGAAUAUUCAUGAUUACCUUAGCUGAGACUUUCUACCAUGUAUGUUUAUUCACCAUUUUCAUACCUUGUGCUACAUAUAUAGUAAACAAACAGAAGAGGAGUCAGGAAUGUGUUUGAUUAAUAUACGGUUUCAAGCGUUUUCUUAUUCUUGAUAAUUUACUAUAACGACAGAAAAUGUCUUCAUCAGUUAGAAAAUACAUUGAUUAAUAUCACAGAAGCUUAAACCACAACUUUAUGAAGAAUGUGUGUAUAUAUAAACACAGUUGUCGUAAUGGUAAUCAAAUGUUCUUAUUCUAUAUAUAUCACAAGGUUAUUUAACACUUUGUUUAAUCUUGAACAGUAUAGUGACAGAAUGAUAUAUAGUUUGCAUAUAUAUUCAUAGAUAAGGUGAUGUCUCUUGAACUCGGAAACGAAUUCUGAGCCACGUUCUUGCUCUGUGUUCGCAAAAGAAUGGAUUACAUAAUGUAUCACAAUGAUGUUUGUAAGUAAUUAGAUGUAAAGAUAUUGCCCUAUUUUCUGUACACAAUAUAACAUCACUUUUACAACACAAAAGCGGCAGCAUUAUUUGACUCUACCAUUUAUUUGACAGAUUUUGCAGCAAUGUUCAAUAUCGAUAUCAGUUGAUUCUUGACCGCAUUUCUCUUACGUUGUAACAUACAGUAAAAUGUUAACUUUCUUUAUUUUACAACAAUUGCAAAGCAAAUUAUAUAGACUUUUAUUUAUUUCAUUUCAUGUUGUUUAUAAUUUGAUAAAAUUGCUUUGAUAUGCAAAAUGUGUGCUUUGUAUAUUUUGAAAUAGCCCUAAAUACAAACUAAAAGCGCAUCCGGGUUGCUUUAUUUGGUAUGGCGUUUCCGUCAAACAGUAAUAAAGCACAUACUAAACCUUGAAAGGUUUGUUCUGAUUAGUAAGUAGCAUAUAACACUACCAAUUAAUAUAAUAUGUAGGGAGUAUAUAUAAUCAUUUCAA